AAAGAAGAAAAAGAGGAAGAAUAAAAGGUGGAAGAGGCAAGCCACAAUAUUUAGGAAGGCCAUGAGUGGAGGUGGGGGAGUGUGGCCAGGCAGCAAUGGCAGUGGUGGGGCAAUGGCCACUGCCGGCUGGUUCUUCCCUGAGGCGGAGAGUACUGUGCCAGCCAACCAGUGGAGCAAUGUGGGGUGUGCCUCCUGCAGCACCGACCAGCAUGCCCCACCACCAGCCCUCCCUCCCCACCAGCACACCACCUGCCCCUACCACCACCAACAACAACAACACCACCAACACCACCACCACCAUGCCCCAGGCCCACCCUACACCACCCAGAGUGUGCCAGAGGUGCUCCCAUACCCUCCCAACAUCCCCCCACCCAGCCACUACCACCCGCCACACUACAGCCAGCCCUACCCCACCCAGUACAGCGUGCCCCCCCGGCCAUGCACAGAGCAGGGAGGCCCCACCCCUGUCACUGCCAUGAGGCCACCAGGACCGCCCCCUCCCAUUCUAUCCUAUCCCCCACCUGGCCCCUCCCCUGGGUCUGCAUCCUGUCCCCCUCCUGCCCCUCCAUACACCGGCACCCCGGGGUACAGCUGGGGCACCACACCGCUGCCCUCACAAAUCCCCCAGGUUGGCAGCUCAGCACAGGGAUCACAGCAGCCAUGGCCUCACCAAGAGUGGGAGGAAAGCUGUCCGCCUGCCCACCAUGACCACACGCCACGCCACCCCCCGCACCCCGGCCUGGACAGCAGGGGAAGAGAGCAUGACCUGCCUCCCCGGCCAGACAACAGGCCCUCCCACUCCUCAAGGUACGAUAGUGAUCAGCGCAGCUUGGAGCCCAAGUACAAGGAGGACCGUGGUUAUGGGGGUGAGAACCGGUGGGUGGAGAGAGGGAGGAAGCGUUCCAUGAGCCCCUCGGAGUACUCCAGCCGCAGGAGUGACAGUGGCUGCUACUCCCCGUCAUCCAGGUCUUCAAGGAAACCACACUCUAGCAGAUGUGACAAGGAAAGAAGCAGCAUUGAGCCGCGGUACAAGAGGGACCGCAGGUACAACACGUAUGCUGAGGACAAGUGGCCGGAGAGAGGCAGCAGGAGCAGCAGCAGCAGCAAGCGGUCUCGGAGCCCUGCUGAGGCUGCUCCUCGGAGGCGAGACACAAGGAACUACUCGCCGCCCUCCAAGACUUCACACGACCUGCGGGAAAGGUCACAGGGUAGCCACAGCAGGGCAGCAAGGAGGUCAAGGAGCCCAGGUCGCCGGCCCCCACAUUCCAGGUCACCCAUCAGAAAGAGACCACCUCCUGCACACAGCCCAGAGCCCCAACACAACAGGACUCCUGACCAAGUAGCAGCAGCAGCAGCAGCAGCGGCAGCAACUGCUGCUAGGAAGGCUGAGUCCAUUGGGAGGCAAGGGAGUCCUGAUGCUGACCAGAUUGAUGCACUCAUAGAGAAGGAAAUGCUGAAGGCUGUGGAGGAGGAGGAGGAGGAGACAAAGACUCCUUGGGUUCGCUCUGCCCCCGCUGACCUCUACUACCAGCGAGAUGACAAAAAUCCUCUUGUAACACGAGCCACAAAGAAGUUGAUGGCUCUUUGCGAUGUGUUUGACGAGAAGCUGGUGAAGAGAGGAGAGCGAGUGAGGCAAGAGAAGAAACACAAGGCUGAGAAAAACAAGGAGUCACCACAGCCAUUGACCAUGUGCAAGAGUGGCUGCAGCAAAGCAAAGGUGGCCACAGAGGAGGGUGAUGGGAAGAACCCAUCAAAGGAGGACACAGUCACAGGGGAUGGAAAGGACAAGACUGAAGGGAGUGAAGAUGGUGCCAAGGAGAGCAGCAGUCCAGCCAGUGCCGUGCCUUGCUUGGCCGAGUGUGAGGGUGUGCCAGGCCAGACAGCCGCAGGAGUGGCCAAGUCAGGGAGUCACCACAGUCAUCAUCAUAAGAAGAAGAAGAAAAAGAAAGAAACCAAGGGCACAGAUAAGGCCUCUGGGCAAAGCAGCAGCAGUAGCAGCAGUAGCAGCAGCAGUAGCAGUAGUAGUAGCAGUAGCAGCAGUGAGGGUGAUGACAGCUCCAGCAGUGAAGAGGAUGAUGAGAGUGAGAUGGACAGGAUAUCCAAGGAACUGGAGAAGAAACGCAGCCACCCAGACCGACUCCACCCUGAGCUGUGGUUCAAUGAUCCCGGUGAGAUGAACGACGGACCACUGUGUCGCUGCUCCCUGAAGGCCCAGCGCUCCGGCAUCCGUCACGGCUACUAUGUUGGGGAGGACAACCUUAACAAGUGUGACCCCUGGACCAAUAACGCUGACCGGCUUCACCACUACCUCAUCACCAUCUCACCACCAACUAACUUCCUGAUCAAGACACCAACAGUCAUUAUGCACGACAGCCAUGAGUUCAUCUUUGAGGGGUUCUCGCUGCUAUCCCACCACCCGCUGGAGGAAGUGCCCACCUGCCGAGUCAUUCGCUUCAACAUUGAGUAUACCAUUCUCUACAUCCAGGAGAAGAUACCGGACAACUUCUGCAUCCAGGAACUCAACCUUCUGUACCAGUAUCUCUUUCUGGAACUUCUAGAGCUUGUUGACCUGAACCUCAAGUCGAUGGGAGACAGUGACGGCUGCCCACGGUUCCACUUCAUGCCGAGAUUUGUGCGGAAACUUGCAGACAAUGGUAAGGAGAUCCUGUCCAUGAAUGAGGUGCUGAGUUCACUGCUGAAGAAUAGCGGGCCCCUGGUGCAGCCUGAGGACCUGGCACACCUACUCAGCAUGUCUCAGUACCAGUGGCAGAACUAUGCUGACCAGCUCAAAGGUAUGGUGGUGACCUGUCCCGGCAUGAAGCCCAGCAGCAUCAGGGUGGACCAGCUGGAUCGGGACCAAGUUAGUGAGGAGACCAUCAACUACCCUGUCAUUGUACACUUUGGCAUACGUCCCCCUCAGCUCUCUUACGCCGGCAAUCCUGAGUACCAGAAGGCGUGGCGGGAGUAUGUGAAGUUCAGACACCUGCUAGCCAACAUGCCCAAGCCUUCCUUCGAGGACAAGCGGCGUCUGGAGGCCAAGGAGAACCGACUGCAGGAGAUGAGAAUGACCUCCAAGAUGAAGAGAGACGUGACUGUGGCUGUGUCUUCCCAGGGCUUCUUUAGGACCGGCAUUAUGUGUGAUGUGGUGCAGCAUGCCAUGUUGCUGCCAGUGCUGGUUUGUCAUCUGCGCUUCCACCAGUCCCUUGAGGUGCUGGAGGAGUGCAUUGGCUACAAGUUCCAGACCAGGUUCCUCCUCCAGCUGGCCCUCACCCACCCUUCCUACAGGGAAAACUUUGGCACCAAUCCAGACCACGCCAGGAACUCCCUCACCAACUGUGGCAUCCGACAGCCGGAGUAUGGUGACCGGCGCAUCCACUACAUGAACACACGGAAGAGAGGCAUCAACACGCUCAUCAACAUCAUGUCCAGAUUCGGCCGCAACUUGGAAACGGAGAGCAAGAUAACGCACAACGAACGGCUGGAAUUCUUAGGAGAUGCUGUGGUGGAGUUCCUCACCUCCAUCCACCUGUUCCACCUGUUUCCCAGCCUGGAGGAAGGAGGACUGGCAACUUACAGGGCAGCCAUUGUGCAGAACCAGCACCUGGCCGUCCUGGCGGAGAAGCUGCGGCUGGACCAGUUCAUGCUGUACGCUCACGGCUCGGAUCUCUGCCACGACUUUGAGCUGCGACACGCCAUGGCCAACUGUUUUGAGGCGUUGAUGGGAGCAAUAUUCCUGGAUUCUGGCAUUGAGGAGGCUGACAAGGUGUUGAGCUCCACCUUGUUCAAGGGAGAGGCUGUGCUGCAUUCCAUCUGGGUCCACUACCCGCUGCACCCCAUCCAGGAGCAGGAGCCGCAUGGGGACCGCAAGUGGAUCAAGUCCUUCCCCAUCCUCACGAAACUGUCCAAGUUUGAGGAGUCCAUCGGCGUGGAGUUCAAGCACAUCCGUCUGCUGGCACGUGCCUUCACUGACCGCAGCAUUGGCUUCAACAACCUCACCCUCGGCUCCAACCAGCGGCUGGAGUUCUUGGGAGACACAGUGCUGCAGCUGGUGUCCUCAGAGUACCUGUACCGCCACUUUCCUGAGCACCACGAGGGCCAUCUUUCGUUGCUGCGUUCCUCCCUGGUGAACAACCGCACGCAGGCCGUGGUGUGCGACGACCUGGGCAUGACCUCCUACGCCAUGUACUCCCACCUCAAGACAGAGCUCAAGACCAAGGACAGAGCUGACCUGCUGGAGGCCUUCCUGGGUGCCCUUUACAUUGACAGGGGUCUGAAGUACUGCCGCACGUUCUGUCAUGUGUGCUUCUUCCCACGCCUUCACCAGUUCAUCAUGAACCAGGACUGGAAUGACCCCAAGAGCAAGCUGCAGCAGUGUUGCCUCACACUGCGUACCAUGGACGGCGGCGAGCCAGACAUUCCCAUAUACAAGGUGAUUGAGUGCAAGGGACCCACCAACACUCGAGUGUACACAGUUGCGGUGUACUUCCGUGGCAGGCGGCUGGCCAAAGCCUCAGGCCACUCCAUUCAGCAGGCUGAGAUGAACGCUGCAAGGGAAGCACUCAUGAACUCCAAAGAACUGUUCCCUCAACUUGACCACCAGCGGAGAGUGAUUGAAAAGAGUGUCAAGAUACAAGGCAUUGGCAAGCAGGAUUCCCAGGACAGGGAGAAGGAGCGAGGCAGGGACAGGAACAGCAGAGGGCACUGGAGGGAGGAAGAAAGACGAGGAAACAGAGAGAGACCGAGAGACAGAGACAAACUAGACAGUAAAGACUUUGACAGAAGCAGAGAUGGAGAAAAGAGGGACAUGAGAAAAUACCAAAACACUACUGAUAGUGAAAAAUCAACAGAAGCAAAAAUAUUCGAGAGUGACAGAUCAUAUGGAGAAAGAGACGGUGAGAGAGACAGAGAGAGAAACUACACAGAUGGAGAAAGAGGAGAUUCUAAGAGAGGGAGGGGAGAAAUAGAGGAUGACAGGAGGUACAGGAUGGAUAGCGACAACAGUAGGACAUCGGGAGGUGAGACAAGACGUGGCCACUCAAGACACAUGACCAAGGACGGGCCAGACUUGGAGAAGCACCGGGAGCGACACAAAGCACACGGCCGGACCAGACGCAGCGAGAGCCCACAUGAUUCAAGCCAGAAGAGCACACACCAUCCCAGAGACGAUUACGGGCGCAAGCAGGUUAGGUCUGACUGGUGAUCCAUGCUGUGAUUUAAGCUUUCAUUGGUGUACCAGAGAGAAGGGAGUAAAUUGUAGUGUAAUGUGAUUAAUUUUAUUUUCUAUGAGCUUUAUAUGACACUAGGUGAUGUAUAUAAAUUAAAAAAAAGCAAAGAAUUAAAGUA